AUGAGAGCAUUGCGAGAGCUCCUCGUCCUUCUCCUGGCAAUCCUCGCCACAACGCAAGCUUUUAUGAUCGAUGGCGACGAAUACAGUGGACUAGUGGACUAUCCACUGCCGAAGAGGAACUUCCAACACAUCUGGCGCAAUAUUCAAAUGCAGAUGCCGGAGCUAGAGCCAAUGCCUACUAUCGUCUUGGCUGACGCGCACAAACGUCAGUGUCGAAAAUUCUGGGGAUUCGACUGA